AUGGUUGGAUAUAACAGGAAUCAGGGCAAUAGGAUGAGACCCAAAGUUAUAAAGGCAGCUAAAGAGGGAUUGAAAAAUUCACUGAGAAGCUAUAUGCUUAGACCAGUAAUACGAUCAGUAGAAAUGGACGAGCCAUUAGAAUAUCUUACAGAGAUGAGGCAAGUGGUCAUACUCUUUAUCAACAUCAUCACAACGGUUGUUAGUAAUGAAGAAUUGAUCUCGCUCGUUGACACGACUUAUAAAUUAAUCUGCGGGGUAGUUAGUGAAAUGAACGGAUGCGUAAACAAGACAUCUCUUUUCGACAAAGGCCUAAUGUUUCUUUGCAUAUUUGGACUGCGAGGCGACAAACACGUGUUGGAAUCACAGAUCGGAUUGAAAUGUGCCAAUAGGGUGCGGCAAGAUCUUCUAACGAUAAAAAACGUACAAUCUGUGACAAUCGCUGUUACCACUGGAAUGACAUAUUGCGGUGUAGUUGGUCAUAUUUUACGAAGGGAGUACACUGUGAUCGGAAUGGCAGUGAACAAAGCAGCCCGUUUAAUGGUCGCAUACAGUAACAAAGUAAUAUGCGAUCGAGAGAGUUUUUUGCGCUCUCGUCUUGAAACGAGACACUUUAUACUGCAAGAGCCAAGACAUCUGAAAGGAAUCACAAAUGUCGGUCCGGUUUAUGAGUUCCAAGAACAGAUAAAAUUUACUACGCCUGAAUUAAUACAGAAAAAGUAUCCUUUGCUUGGACGACAAAAGGAAAUCAAAAUUUUUCAACGAAUGCUAUCAGAUUUGAUAACACAAUUCACUUUGGAUGGAACAACACAUGAUUUGCAGCUCGAACACAAUAUGCUAAUUAUAAAAGGUGAACCAAGAAUCGGCAAGACGAGAUUGUUGGAUGAAAUUGCACUGAAUAUACCUGCAAAUAUAUCACGCAACUAUAUUCCUUUGGUCAUGAGCGAUGCUAAGACUUCUUACAGUUUGAUCCAUCUGAUAUUUUCCAUACCAUUGGGCCUCAGUGUCGUCACUACUCCGAGCGAGCGCGAAGAAAUACUGAUGUCACGAUUAGGCCGUAUACGUAAUCCAGAAUUUCUUUGUGCCCUUAAUCAGCCCUUCAAUGUGCAGUUCAAGAUGAAUUCAUAUUACACAGCACUAUCUAGGAAGCAAAAGCACAAUGUAUUGCGCAAAUUUCUACUCAAAUUAAUGAAAAACUGUUUCAAGGAACUAUGGGUGAUAAUUAUCGAUGACACUCAACAUAGUGACAAUGAUUCUAUGAAAUUGUUUCGUACGAUGAUCAAACAAAAUACAGUCUUCUUCAUCCUCAGUUUUGGACGUAUGUUCAACAGCAAUUACGAAAUAUACUCCAAUAUUUCGGAGAAAGCACAAAUCAUCGAAUUGGGUUGCAUAGACAAAUGGUAUCACGCAGCGCUUGCAUGUCAGUUUCUUGAUGUAGACGGAAUUCCUCCGGAACUCGAGAGAUUGAUUCAAGAAAAAAGUUUUGGUAAUCCAGGAUGGAUAGAAAGUUAUUUGCUGAGUCUCACGCAAUCUGGUAAUCUUGUAACAGUGCAUAUCAGCAAAAUACUUGCCGAGGAAAUGGGUUAUGUGCUUCCUCCCAUUUAUAUGCUAAAAAGAUCUGAAGAUAUCUUAGAAGAUUUUCCAAAUAACGAAGAAGAACGUUCAGACAAGUGGAAAAUGUACAGAACAAGCUAUCGUAAUAAUUCAAUAUCUCCGAUGAUGUUGCAAACCAUUUAUAAAACGGGAAUGUCAAUUAAUGAUGAGGAAACAAUUGCCGUUUGCAAAUUUAUAGAAGGUUUUGAAGAGGGAGAUACUGAAGUGACAAUGGACGCAAUGAUUUUGAAAAUUUUCGACUCGUUAACACCAUUGGAUCAAAUGUUAUUAAAAUGCGCGUCAGUAUUGGGAGAAAUUAUUAAUAGAAACAUGUUACAAAACCUAAUGGAAGAUAAAUCUACGAGAGAAAUUGGACUCGCUGUCAAGAAACUCUUUGAGAUUCGAAUUUUUGGAUGCGCACGAGGUGAUUUUACUAUGAGCAGUAGACCGUUGGUAUUUAAUAGAAAUAGAUCGCUGGUAUUUAAUGGAAAUAGAAAUACAAAGGAACCUAUGCUCGAGACACAAAUUGCGUGCAAAUGUGUGAAUCUUAUGAUACCAGACGAACUAACUGAUUUACCACGAUAUACGUCUUGUGGUUUGAUGUAUUUCAAAAUGUCGAUGUUCCGCGAAACUACUUACAGAUCACUCACAGAAAAUCACAAAAUGGAAUUACAUAGCAAGGCAUUAAAAUAUCUUCGGCAACAUACUAAACGAUGUAUAGCUUGUGGCGAGAUACAAUUUGCAAGAUUAUUAGGAAAAACGGCUGUGCAGGAAAUUAAAAAAACAAAACUAAUUGACCUUAAUGAGGUACAUCAACUUGAAGAAACAACUUAUGUCAAAGAAGAGGCAAAAAACGAUAUGCAAAAGGCAGCAGAAAGGACACCGAUUCGUUUUAACAUCUUUCAAAAAGUCAGAAAACUUACCAAGACCUUCUCUAACGUCGACUUCGCCAACUGUCAAUGCCAUCUUAUCUUAAUGACUAUCUAUGCUCAGAUGUUAGAACAUUGUCAAGGAAUCGGAAAACAAGACAUAAUCUUGACGGCGAUUUUGGAAUUUGUGGAAAUCUGUUUAGCAAAUAACAAUGUACCUCAAGCUCGCAGACUUCUGAGUGAUGCUGAAACUCUGAUUCAACAAAUAGCCGAGUCCGAUGAAGAAAAUUCAAUCUUCCUGUUUUAUCUCACCGCAAAAAUUCAGACGUUUCAAGGUAAAUGUCAUUUAGAAAGCGGUUUAAUAUCCGAAGCAAGCAAGAAACUGAAAGAGGCAAUGAUCAGUCUAGGCUAUCAUUUUCCUCGACGCAAAUUCACAAUUGACUUAAAGUCUAUAACUCAACUCAAAUUGCUAAGAUGGAGAUUGAUCUGUCCUAAGCGUUGGAAUACCGCCGACGAAUUUACUAUAAAUUAUAUCGAGCAAUUGGCUAAUUGUUUGGCAUUGAUGUUUGUUGUUUUCAGAGGAACAAAACAUAUGAAAAAACAUGCACGGCUAGCGGCCAUCUGGAGCUUAAACGCUGCACUAGAUGCGUCAAAUGAUUUUUUCACACUCUGCACUUCGUUCACGAACAUGAUGAUUAUUGCCCACGUCUACCAAAUCUUGUCAAUUGUUCCUUAUUUGGAAAAAGAAGCUCUUAGUAUCUGUGCAAAGAAAGGAGAUUUACUUGAAUUUCAAGAGCUCAAAGUCAUUGCUGAACUUUAUGCAGGGAUAUUUUUUUCACGAUGGUUGAGAGGAGAAAUCAACAAAGCGAUCAGAAUCGGCUUUAUCACGUUGAGGAUGGCACAAACUAUGGACUCUAUGUUCCUCAAAUUGCUCAUACUACCAAGAUUAAUACACUUGCUCAUGAUUUCAUGUCGUCAUUCGGAAGUCGUGACUUUGCUAAGGAAGUUAGAAUUCGUAUCGCGAAAUUCGGAUAAAUCAGGUCGGACUUGGUAUUACGCCAUGUGUGCUGAUGUGCAACUUGAUACCGGUCUCACAGUCUUGUCGUUUCAAAAUUGCGAUAAAUAUUACAACCAAGAAGGAGAGACCAUAAUCAGUCUCCACGAUCCCGAAGCGGAAAGGAGAUAUUUCACAUCUAUGUGGUUGUGGUGCAUCAGAAUGCAGCAAUGGGAAGCUGCGAAAGUUUGGAACAGCAGGAACGUGACGGCUGAGAGUACAAUGGAUGAGCAUAAGGUGGCAGCGACAAUUACUGCAUUGAAGAAACUUGAGGGACUGUUAAUUUUAUACGUAAGAGAGAUUACUAACAGAAACAUAAACGCAUUGCAAACGUUUAUGGAAAUCAAGCACGAAUUCAGACAUAUCAAAAGUAUGAUAAAAAUAAUAAAAAUUGCAAUUCCCAGGUAUAUGUUGAUGAAAGCUUAUUAUUACAUGACACAAUUGCAAAAAAAUGCUGCAAUUAAAAUGCUACAGAAAACGAAGAAAUUUUGUAUAAAAGUAGACAACAAAAUGAUUUAUGCAUGGGCAAAUCAUUGUCUGCAGGAUUGGCUAGGUGUCAUAUCUUUUAUACACAAGGAUUUGUGGAUAGAAAAAUCUAGGGAGCUACGUGAUGAAUGGGAUGAAGUAAAUGCCAAUGAUUCAAAAAUGAUUCCUUAUACAUUUCCAUUACCAAAAUAUAUGUUAUGA